CUUUACUUUGUUUUCCUUCAGCUCUCAAAACGUCGCCAGCUCUGCAUGAGCAAAGAAAGCAGUUAGAAAGAGCUAAAACCGGAGAUCUUCUUCGGGCCAAAAUUCAACAACGUCCUGAUCGCCAGGAAUUAGAACGUCGACAUAUUCUUGAACACGAUGAAAGCCACGUCGAUCCUAGUCUGGCUGAAAAGCAAAGAAUGCUGAAGAAAGCUAGAUUAGCCGAUCAACUAAAUUCACAAAUAUCUCAUCGACCUGGUCCUUUAGAACUGAUAAAGAAGAAUAUUUUACACACAGAAGAGCCAAUAGAAAGAAUUGUGAAAGAAGGUUUGGUUUCAUUCAAAGCAACUAGUGAGGGAUUAUUAAGUCGUCCGCAACAACCACAUGGUUACAUAAAUUUUGAGGACGAUUCGCAAAGUUCUGAGGGUGAUCAACGAACGAGUCCGCAAAGAAGUGAUGUAAUCGAAGCAGCUGCUGCAUCGGCGGGCAUUGUUACUGUGGCACUAACAAUUCCAACCAGCGGUGGACAAGUUGUUGUCAAAUCAGCUCCAAUGCUUCAGCAGAAAUUCCAAUCAGCUAUCAUCACUACUCCAUACGUCCCUCCACCACCACCACCGCCUCCAGUACCUAUCAAAUCGGAACCCAUUCAAAUUAAAUCCGAAACCUCAAACCUAUUUGCCGAAUUAUGUCAAUCAGUUGUUGGUAAUUCCAAUUUGCUUCCACUUGUUCCCAGUCCAGUAUCAUUAAGUUCCACAACAUCAACGCUGAGUCCAUUGUCUUCAGUUUCAUCACCGCCAUCUCAGUUCACAUGCCGUCCUAUGCAGUCUUCCUCGCAGAGCCAGAAAUCGGACGCUCCUGGAAAAGACAAGAACCGAAAGAAGUGCAAGACCAAACCAGUUGCCAAGUCCAGGCCUAUUAAAUUUCAUGAAUAUAAAGGACCACCAAGCGCACAAAAGCCUAGCUCAUCUUCAAGUAGCGUUAACGAAGAAACUUCCUAUCAAUUAUUGCUCAAACAACAAACGUUUCUGCUUGAAUAUCUGGAAGGACUUCAUAAAAAUUCGUCAAUGACUCCAGCGAAUCAGAAAAUAAUGCAAGCUGAACUCAAUGCACUUCAACAAAAUAGUUAUCUUCAGCAACCACUCCCAUCACCCGCUCCUUCUGUUAGCUCAUCAAUUCCUGCUAGUCCAGCUCCGAGUUACAAUGAAUCCAUCAGCUCCGAGAUAAGCAAGUUGGAAAAGAUGAAAGUUUCUGACUUGAAGCUGUUAUUGAAAAAAAGAAAUUUGCCUGUGUCGGGUCCGAAGCCUCAACUAAUCGAAAGACUGCGACCACAUUUACUCAUGGAGCCAGGAGAUACAUCCACCAAUGAGUCGAUAUCAGGCGAAACUUGUGAUAUGGAUGCCAUGAAUUCUCCUCAUCAGUCACUGUCACCCGAAUCCGAACAUGAGAGCAUGGAUGUUCAACAGAUUGAUUCUCCAUGUCCGGUUGGCAGACAAACACCGCAAUUCAAAAAUGAUGAUUUGUUACGUGAACAACAACGUAAAAUUGAUGAGUUACAGAGAAAGCUUCGUGAAAGUCAGGAAGAGCUGCUGCAGAUGCGUCAAAUUCAUCCAAUUCCGGCUGUACCCAGUGAAAAUAUUGUUCCGCCGAAGCCCGAAGUGAUAAAUCAAAAGAUGGUAUUCAAGCAGCAGUUGGAGGCCAAAAUUCAGAAAGAGAAGUUACAGCAAUUAGAGAAUCAACAGAGGCUUCAAAGAGAACACUUGGCUUUUCAACAAGCAAAGAACCAAGGCAAUAUCAUCAUUCGCAAUCAAAAUUCUCCAGUUCUCAUAGCACCUAAAGAAGAGAAGCCACCUAUUCAGCUUGCAUUUAACAAUAAUCCUCCAACAGUUCAAUUGGCCAAUAAAAAGAACGUAGAAAUCGUUUGGAAUGGGGAACCAACCCUUUUUCUGGUUAACAUACCCGACAACAAGCGUAUCAUAAAUGCUGUGCAACAAAAACCCAUGCCUGGAAUUUUGGUUCCAAUAUCAGCUCCGAUAUCAUCUUCCAUAGCAACGCUAUCCGGUCCAGUUCCACCUCCACCACCUCCUCUUCCACCGACUGACUUAACUGUAAAUCGUAUUGCACUCUCUCAACCACUACAGCAGACAUCUCCACCGCCACUCCAACGGCAAACUACAGACAAAACACUUCCACAGUACGAAGAGGCUGCCAAACAGUUAGCGGCCAAUAACAAAACAGGAAAAAAUCACAUUAAAUCACAAGUUAUGACUGACGUUCUCGAAAUUUUAAUAAAAAAUGGAGAACUACCAGAAACUGCUGUAUUCGAUCCAGCAACACCCACAACACCAGGAACAAAUAUCAAUUUGACUCAGAGUAUGAUUUAUCAGCCGUCAAAAUUGACAAUUAGCUCAGGACCACCUAAACUGACAAUGAUACGAGGCGUUCCAGCUUCUAGCAACAUUGAAAAUGUGGAAAUGAUGUCACCCAUGCAACCGGAUUGUGAGAACUCUGUCAGCAGUUUCGAUUUGUUCAUGGAGCGUCAACAACAAGAAAAACGUGACCAAGACGCUGCUAAGCAAGAACUUAUGCAGCAACAACAGUCGUUACAUCAUCAAAAAAGUGAGCAGCAAAAUAAUGUAUCGAGUCUGAAUCAACAAAUGGACUCGCAACAAUCACCUAGCCGUCAUCCAAUUGUCACCAAUGGACACCAAUCAAAUGUAAAACAUUUCGAUGAUUUGGAGUUAAUGGAUAUCAUAGGUAUGGAUAUAGGUGAUGACCAGUAUCAACUAAAUCCAGUUAAAAAUUCUCUGAUAAAUGGAAAUGGAAGUGGAAUUAUAUCGAAAACGCAUCGACGUGAUAUGAAUCCUAGCUUACAACCAUCUCUAAAUGAACUGAUAAUGGAGCAGCAGCAACAACAACAACAACAACAAUCAACUAGUUUUAACAAUAACUUCAAUUUCGAUGGCUGCAACAACAACAAUAAUUUCCACUCAAUUCCGAUGGACAUCGAAGACUUCGAAAAUUCUCUUUCCCAUUUCGAUUUCAGUUCAAUAGGCGUAUCGGACGAACAAAUCAAUACACCGCCACAUCCAUUCUCCCAGUUGCAACAACAAAACCAACAGCAGACAUCCAUUGGUAACAGCGUUGAUGUGGAUUCGUACGAUCCGAAUUUAUCAAUAAACAAUGACAAUUAUCUGGACUUCUUCAACAUUGACGACUUUAAAAUGGGUAGCGACAAUACGCUCUCCUUCGGUGAAGUUGAUUUUCCCGUAUAACAAACAAUGUGUUGUUUUUAAUGACUGACAAUUGGGUGAUGAUGGCGUUAAUGUUGAAGAUUUAAUUGAAUUUACCAGUAGAAUUUUACAAUUGCGCUGGACAGAUAAAAAUGCACAUAGUGAUAAAUUGAUUAAAAACAAUAAACUGUACUGAGGAUCAUUCGUAGAUUUCGUAAUAAUUUUGGAUAGAUGCCAUGAUGUCAAAGUGUGCCUUUUAAUUCGUUUAGAAGAAUUAGAGAAGUAAAGGAAAUUUGGUGGAAAGAGGACUGUUAAGGACUCAAACACAAGUGAUGUAGUCGAUAAAACAAUUCGGAAAAAAGUGUUAUAAUUUGAUGAAGAACAUUAUGAGAGAAUACGAUGAAAGUAAAUAAUUUGUUGGAAAGAAAAUUGCACAAUUUGCCAUAUCCUCCACAGAAACAAUUUAUCGAAAAAUGAAUGUGUGUAAAAUCAUCAUCAUCAUCACCACCACGUGAUUAAGGUAUCGUAUACAUAAUAUGAUAAUUUAUAUAAAAAUGUUUUUUUUUCUUUGUUAAAAUAGAAAAAUGGAUAAAUCCGAUAUAAAUCAUUUCCUUUAGUUCAUAAA